AUCCUCAACUCAUUUAAAUACCGCCAGUGGCGCCAAACUAUGCAUAUAUACAUCCAACCAUCUCCAGCGAGUCAUCUACGAUUUCAAUUGUUGUCAACUCCCGCAUGAUACGAUGCCACGUCGGGGACAUGCAGCAUUCAACGGCCAGUCGCAGGUGAUGUGACUUGUUCGUCUCCCCAUUAACUUCCGUCGAUCCCUGGGUCAAGAGAAUAGUCAGCAAACAUGUCGGUCGUUCCCCUAUAGGCAACCCAGCUGUCGUUUCUGCAUGUGGAAAAAUUUAACUUCUCAACCCAUUUCCACUUGAUCGACAUACUCAACGUUCGUUAUGCCCAUCCCGACCAAGGAUUAUUGCAGGAACGGCACGGACCGACCAGCUCGAUUCGCCGCCUUCAGGGUUAUAGAUACUUCAUACAAGCAGAUCGGUCGCCAUUCAAUCUGCGUCUCGAUCCUAGUUCCCAAAUUCAUCAGGGCCGGGAAGCGUCCUCUCAUCGUACGCUGGCACGGGGGCUACCUCGUUUCGGGGUCAAGGCUGCUGCCGGAAUGGUUUCCAAAGUGGCUGCUGGAAUACGCCGUUGCAAGAGGCGCCAUCAUCCUUUCACCGGACUAUCGUCUCCUGCCCGAGGCUACUGGCCAGGACAUCCUCAAUGACAUGCGAGAUUUCUGGAAAUGGGUUCAACGGACGCUCACCCAUGUGCUACCCCGAACUUCCGGACCCCGAAGGAUCGCGCCUGACCUCACUAAUAUCCUUUGCACAGGCGAAAGUGCAGGCGGCUAUUUGGCCAUACAAUCGCUUCUUCAUCUAUGUCGGCAGGCGCUCUUUCCGUCGUUGGAUCGCCUAUAUAAACCCAUCGUUAUGCGUGCUCUUAUCCUUGGUUUCCCUUCUCUCGAUCUUCGGUCCCCAUGGUUCAGCAAGGCCGGCCCCAAAUCCAUCAUGAAUAGUGAACCUUGGGGGGACGUUAAGAUUCUUCAAGAGCAUAUGCUCAACUUACCGCACGGUGAAGUGGUCACAUCCGAUCCAACGCGGAAGCGCAUCGAGUUGGCGCGAAUCAUCAUCCAACAUGGGCAAAUGACGCGGCUACUCGGCAACCGGACAGAGUUAUUCCCGUUGGAGUGCCUAGGGAUACUCCAAAUGUUUCUGAAUCAAGCCCCGAACGGGCGGCAUCCAUUCAUCUGGAUAUAUCAUGGAGACAAGGAUACUGCGGUGCCGUUUGAUGGCACUAAGCGGUUUGUAUCCCAAAUCCACCACGAAGUACCGCAGGUACAAAUCAAACUAUCUAUAGGACAGGGAAUGGAACACGGCUAUGACACAGCCUUGGGCAUGGACGAAGGCUGGGUCCGACAAGGACUACAAAUAAUCGACCGAUAUUGGGGAGGUGAUGGUUGAUUGAUACUCUAGUGGGAGAUACAUCCGGACGACACUGGUACGAACUGCUCCGACCCAAGUCCACUAAUGCGUGACGACAUAAUGAGAGAUGAAACAGCGAGGAAGAGCGUGGUCGUCAUGUAGUCUAUUG